CUUCCAAAGUAACCCUGGCAAUUGGAAUGACUGCGUAAGGCUAAAGGACAUGUACUACGUCGUCGAAUAGACAUAGCGACAGAUACGACUCUUUUCAGAAAACCACCGAGCUGUGUUCCUAUGGGCGGAAACGGUUGUUUACCUUUCCGAAUUGAAUAUUACGGCAAUAUUCCCAGCUACUGCUACAAAAGGCCUCGUAUUAAGCCAUGCAAUCCAUUAGAGGAUGCUUGGUACUACGACCAUAGAGCCGGAAUAUGUAAGAAGGCCGAUUCCAAAGUGUGCGGUGCAGGCAACAACCUCUUUAAAUAUUUAGAAGCCUGCAACCAGAUUUGCAAACGGAGUAAAACAAUGCCAAAAUUCUGCUUGAAGCCUCCACUCUUCGGCAGCUGUAAUCCGAUACUUCAGACAUGGCGCCGUUUUCCUCAUUCUUCCUACUGCAAAAGGCUCAACUACACCAUCUGCAAUAUGUGGCUAAAAGAAUUCGCCACUGAGGAGAAGUGUAUGGUGGUGUGCCUGCGGGAAAAGCAUCCCAUGGUUGUCUGCAGCCUCAGUCCCAGUCCUGCGCCCUGCAGUACCUUACGUUCACGGAAGUGGUAUUUUGAUGCUCACAGAAACGAAUGCUUUCACUUCCCGCAUGGGAAAUGUGCUAACAACAACAACGGUUUUUCAACGCAGGCAAAGUGUCUAGAAAGAUGCCGUUGUGAGUAUGCUUAA